AUGGCUUUUGGACCUCGUUCGUCCACAGUUUACCGGCAGCGGAUAACGGCGACAACGCGCUUGAUGAUGCUUGUCCUCGUUCUGGGUUGGGUGUCGGUGAUGCAGAUCUGUCUUGCUGGCAGUCCGUCGUCGACGUCGAGCUCGGGCGGGGCUCGUUCGGUCCAGGCUCGGAUCAAGACGCCGUGGGUGGGGUCGUCGUUGGUCGUACAGUACCUGUGAGUUAUGAUCCUCUGGCGCAUGUGGCCCUGGUGACGCUGGUCACGCUGGUGAAACUCGAAAUUGAACACCGGUGAAAAACGACGUUUUGCCCUUUCUCGCAGCGAAUCGCUCGCCACCGAAGACCGACACCUCCUGCACCCUUUCCUAACCCACCUCAUCCAAUCCAACGCAUCUACCCUUCUCACAACCUCACCCACCACAUCAUCAUCCUCCUCCUCCUCCUCCUCCUCCGCCACCGCGCACGACCCCUCCCGAGCUUGGGCCGUGCUUUCGCAUCAAUUGCAGCACUUUCUCGACCAGAAGCAUCCGAGUCAUUCGAACGCUCUGGUCGAGUCGUUGGGGUUGGCGAUGGGCUUGAAAGAGGCGAGCGUAAGGUUGCAGGCGAUGGAGGUCGUGGCUAAGAGGGCUUGGGCCUCGACGACGACGCCGCCUGUGCUCGUCGAGGCGCCGCCGUCCGAAUGUGAUAAUUGGGUCCAAGUCGGUGGAUAUAGGCUAUGUUCGGUUGCAGAGUUUUGGAAGGUUCUAGGAGAGGAACAAAGGCACGCAAAAGGGGGAUUGUCCUUGCCCAACACGGGGUACGUCUGCGCGCGCAGUCUAAAGUGGGGGCCAUGUGGGGGGGGGGGGGGGGGGGAGGGGGGCACCGCGCAGCGCAGAUUCUGAUCCUUUGCGUGCAUGUCCCACCCUAUUUUAGCAACAGCUCGAACCGACCCAAAUUGUACCCUUUCGACCACCUUUCACCCCGACCACCUACCUCGACCUCGACCUCGGCCCCACCCCCACUCGUCAUCUUUUACGCCUCGCCCUCGUCACCGGCCUUUAUCGAGUGGUACGAACUGCUCACCCGUCUCGCCAUUGAAGAACCGCCUCGGAUCGAAUAUGCGUUGAGAUGGAAGUCAGCCGCUGGGUCUGCGGACGAACCGUUGGUGUUGAGUGGCUAUGGAGCAGGAUUGGACAUCAAGAAAUCCGACUACCUCGCCAUUGAUGAUCGACUGACUUCGGGCGAAGCGGCCCACGACGCCGCCACUGACGAACCGAUCGAUUCCUCCGAAGCGAUCAAGAUGGAGCCCAUCAAGAAAAAGGACAUCCCUCUCCUCGGCGUUCGAUCAACUUCCUACAUUCUCUCCGACCCCUCACCCUUGAGCGCCUUCACGCGCCUCACCUCCUCCUUCCCCCUCCUCGCUUCCAAACUCUCCUCCCUCGUUCCGACCGUCCCAAUCGACUUAUUACAAGAGAUCCAGACGAACAGUCUUCUACCAACGGGUCUGCACCCCUCCUUCAAAUUGAACGGACUCUUGAUCCCCGAAGCGCAAGUCGAUCCCUUCGUUCUAGUCAGGUUGAUGAGAAAAGAACGCAAGUUCUUAACCCAACUCCAACAUCUCCUUGCGAACGCCAACGAAGACGAUCUUCCCCUUUUCGAAAUCUCCCCAUUUCAAGCUCGAGGCCUCAUCAUGAACCCUUCGAUUUCCAAAGCGAUGAAACGAGGUGCGAAAAUCAUCACCGAACCUUCGGGUAGGGUUUCGAGUCAUGUUUUAGGUCAAUUGUUCGAUGCGAGUGAUCGGGACGAAGGUAGGGGAGUGGUGUUUUGGUGGAACGAUUUGGAGAAGGAUAAGAAGUAUCAGAGUUGGGGCAAGGAUUUGAAAAAAGUGCGUUGCGAGAGGGGAAGCGCGUAUGGAUCAUCGCAGGGGCUUCGAAAUGGCUGAUCUAUACCUUGCUUUUUUUUAAUUCAUUUUGUGGCACAGCUCUUACAACCCACCUACCCGGGACAAAUGAACAACGUCGCGCUCAACCUCAAUCAAGCCGUAUUCAUACUCGACCUUACCCAACCUGCGACACUGCAACUUUUGACGAGGCAGGUUCAAAACUUUGUUUCGAGGGGAAUCCCGAUAAAGUUUGGGUUGGUGCCCAAGUUGGGCCAAAGUGGAGGGCAGGAUGGGGCAGAGAGUGCGGAGGAGACGUUGGCGAAGAUGUUUUGGUAUUUGACGGAGGCGAUUGGGCGAGGGGGGACGAUGAGGCUCUUGGGACAGGUGAGGUUGGGGUCCAAGCAGCGGAGAGUGCAAGGUGCCUUUCUUUUGCUGACUAUGAUGUGAUUUCCCACCAGCUCCUCGACACCCUUCAUACAGACCGCGUUACCACCCCUCAUCUACGCAAGACGUACGAAACGUUCAUGUUGGAGAACACGCACCUUUCCGGCGGACCGUUGGCGUCGUUCGCACAGGUCCUUGAAUUACCGAUUGGGGUGGAACGGGUCAACAAGGCAAGAGCUUAUGCGAAACGAUUGGGUGUCGCGGGGAGCGAUGAAGCGAGCUCGGUUGGGGCGUUCUUGAUCAAUGGCGCUUUCUUUGAGUUUGAUGAGGUGAAUCAAUCGCUCUCCUUCUGUGAACGACGGAUUUGGACCUUCAGUUCACUGAUCAAACGAACUGAACGUGUCCUUCUCCCAAUAGGAAUGGACCCAACACUUGCAACAAACCUUAUCCGCGCAUGUUCAAUACGAACAACAAGAGGUCUAUUUCGGAAAACUCACCUCGGAGACGGACGUGGAGAAUUUCUUUUAUGACCUUCCGACAACGCACAAGAGGAGGAAUCGGUUCGUGUUCACGAGUGAGGCCAAUCCUUUGAAGGUGGUGAACCUUGUGGAGGUGCUCGAGGGGGUUGAGAGGGGUUUUGUUGAAGGGACGUGGAUCGAGGCGGCACCUUCUUUGGAGGAUGAGCAAGGGUCAGAGCUCGGGGAGGGCCUCGAGUUGGAUCAAGUCGUCAGCCUUCAUGUCGUGGCGGAUUUAGAUUCGAGUGACGGACGCCAACUCGUUCACACGGCGUUGGAAUACGUUCAAGCUCACCCUGAAGCGAGGGUCAGUCUACUCCAUAACCCCGCACUCGACGACGAGCAAGAGUUCCCUUCGCGUUGGGCUGUCUCGAAUUUGAUUUACCUCUUGCACGCCGACGACGAAUUGGUCGAACUCUUACCUUCCGAACUCUCUCGCUUCGUUCGCCUCGGUAUCAACCAAACCAAUAUCGACGACGUCAGUCAACUCAUAUUGAGCUUAUGGGACGACGACAACCCCAUCAAGAAGCACGUCAAACUCGGUGCGAAUCACAAGACGUCGAUCUUGGCUCGGGAAUGGUGGACUUCGGCGAUGGUGAUGGCCAAACGUUUUGGGUUCGAAAGGGGUCAAUCGGGGGUCGUCAUCAAUGGUCGUGUGGUGGGGCCAUUGAGGAAGGAUGAUCUGACGAUCGCGGAUUUGGAAGCUUUGGUCUCGUACGAACGAGAGGAAAGGAUCGAUGCCGUCGUUGAAGCGUUACGUAGCGUCGAUUUGGACCUCCAAUCACUCGAUCGAUCGAGUUGGGCUCACAUGGUCGCGCUCGCGACGUCGGUCAUUGCCCAAGCGUACGAGGUCGAUCCAUCAGGUGGUCUAGCGGGCGAAGAGUCGAUCGAACGAUCGAGGGAUUAUCUCGAGUUCCAAGCUGAGCAUUCGGCGAUCAUUGGUCCGAAUGAGGAGGAAGCGAUGUUUGAAAUCGCUGUGGUGGUCGACCCUGCGACGGAAUUGGCUCAACGAUGGGCGCCGAUUAUCGAAACGCUUUCGAAACUCGAGUCGGUACAUUUGAGAGUUCACCUGAUCCCUACGAUGAAGAAUCAUCAGGAUCUACCUAUCAAGAGGUUCUACGCUUUCACCUUUGCUUCCUCACCCCAAUUCGACCCUUCCACGGGCCGCGAACAACCCCCACAGGUCCAAUUCACCGACCUCCCCGAAGACGUCCUUUUCACUUUCGCCAUGGAUACACCAAAAGCCUGGCUAGCGUUCCCGAAGAAAUCGGUCCAUGAUCUUGAUAACAUUCGGUUGAAGGACUUGCCGCUUUGGGCGAGGAAGGCAGGCGUCGACGCCGAAUUCGAGCUGGAGAAUUUGGUGGUGGAGGGGCAUGCGAGGGAGACGCCGGGCAAUACACCGCCUAGGGGACUGCAGCUGGAGUUGGUGAAGGAGGGGACGGGGGAGGAGGACCAACACCGAGUCGAGUGAGUUUAGGAUAGGUUCGCUCUUGGGCCUAGUGGUGGUACGACGGAGCUGAUCGACAUGUGAUGGAUGUUCUGAUGACGAUGACCCGCAGUACGAUCGUCAUGGCCAACCUAGGCUAUUUCCAAUUCAAAGCCAGUCCCGGACCCUGGCGCCUCGCUAUCAGGGAAGGCAAAAGUUCUCAAGUCUACUCGAUCGAAACGACCGGCGCCGAAGGCUGGAACUCCCGAAGCGUCGAAGAAGCGGGUGAUGAAAUCCUCGUGACGACUUUCGAAGGGGUGACGUUGUUCCCCAGGUUCAAGAGGAACAAGGGGCAUGAGAUGACGCAGCUUUUGGAUGAUACGGACAAGGGUGUGGCGACGAAGGGCCCACAGGAGAGUGUUGUUGAUCGGGUCAAGAAUUUGUACGUGCGCAAUCCGAUAGGAGCUUGAUCUUGACGGGAGUCGCUGAACUUUGGCCUCCCUUCUCACUAUGCAGGUUCCCCUUCUUGCGCAAGUCCGAGCUCGCGAUCAAGAAAAAAGCCGAGAUCAAUGUCUUUACCGUCGCUUCGGGGCUCUUGUACGAACGCAUGGCCUUCCUCAUGGUCGUCUCGGUCAUGCGACACACUCAAUCGACCGUCAAGUUCUGGUUCAUUCAAAACUUCCUCUCACCUUCCUUCCGAGCCUUCAUCCCUCAUCUCGCGAAAGAGUAUGGGUUCGAAUACGAGUUGGUGACGUACAAGUGGCCGCAUUGGUUGAGGGCCCAGACGGAGAAACAGAGGACCAUUUGGGGUUACAAGAUCUUAUUCUUGGACGUGCUGUUCCCGCUCGAGUUGGAGAGGGUCAUCUUUGUCGAUUCGGAUCAGGUCAGUGCUUGAGUGAGGGGUAAGUAAGGGUUUUCAUUCUCGUGGUCUGACCCUGUGAGAUGUCUCUCGCAGAUCGUUCGGACGGACUUGAAGCAAUUGGUCGAUCUUGAUCUUCAAGGAGCACCUUGUCAGUCCUUUUACCAAAUCCUUUGCCGACUUCAUUUCUGUUCGACCGCGUUGCUGACGAGGUGGUACUUCCUUUACAGACGCUUACACUCCCAUGGGAGACGAUCGAGCCGAGAUGGACCGCUUCCGAUUCUGGAAGUCAGGCUAUUGGAGAGGUGAAUCGGCCCCCGCAGAGCCUUGUACACAGACCUCAAUGCUAAUUCGAUCAUCUUGACUCCAGACCAUCUCCGCGGCAAGCCUUACCACAUCUCAGCUUUAUACGUCAUCGACCUUGAUCGUUUCCGCGCCAUGGCCGCCGGCGACCGUCUACGUCAACAAUACCAAGGUCUCUCCGCCGACCCCAACUCACUAGCGAACCUCGACCAAGAUCUGCCCAAUAACAUGCAGGACCAAAUCCCGAUCUACACGCUCGAUCAAUCUUGGUUAUGGUGCGAGACGUGGUGUUCGGACGCUUCGCUCGCGCAGGCCAAGACGAUCGAUCUUUGUAAUAACCCAUUGACUCAUGAACCCAAGUUGAGGAGGGCAAAGAGGUUGAUACCCGAGUGGACCGUUUACGAUGAUGAGGUCGCUGCGUUGGCGAAGAGGGUCGCGGCGGAACAGACACAGACUGGUGGGAUGGAGAAGGAUGAAGGGGUGGGAGUGUUCGGUGGUAAGGCGGAUGAGUUGGGUCAGGCCAAGGGCCAAAAGGAGGAUUUGGACGCGUUCGUCAAGGAGAAGAGUGACGAGGGUGAAAAGGUCGAGUUGAGGCCCGUUGGGGAGCAUGUCCAAGACACGGUCGUCGGCCCGGGCAAGGACGAGCUAUGA